AUGGCUUCCUCGAAGGUUGUUUGUUUGGUCGCCUUACUUCUCAUCCUUAAGCUUCAUUUAGCCCAUUGCUACUUCGGUCCAUUCGGCUAUGGUGGCUUCGGGUUCCCGGGGCCGAUGGGUUAUGAUGAUGAUGAUGACAUGGAGAUUCUUUUACCCAUUCUGUUGUUAGCCAUGAGCGGGAGAGGCGACUUGGGAUUCGGAGGUUUUGGAGGUCCGAUCCCUUACGGUCCAGGCUUUGGAGGUUGCGGGGGCGGAUGUGGAUGUGGUUGUGGAAGAUGUUGA